AUGGCGGAUGAGGAGGAAGACCCCGCUUUUGAGGAAGAAAAUGAAGAAAUUGGAGGAGGUGCAGAAGGUGGACAGGGUAAAAGAAAGAGACUUUUUUCUAAAGAAUUGAGAUGUAUGAUGUAUGGUUUUGGAGAUGACCAGAAUCCUUAUACCGAGUCAGUAGAUAUUCUUGAAGACCUUGUCAUAGAAUUCAUUACUGAAAUGACUCACAAGGCAAUGUCAAUUGGAAGACAAGGUCGAGUACAAGUUGAAGAUAUCGUCUUCUUGAUUCGAAAGGACCCCAGGAAGUUUGCUAGGGUUAAAGACUUGCUUACUAUGAAUGAAGAAUUGAAACGGGCUAGAAAAGCAUUUGAUGAAGCCAACUAUGGAUCUUGACAUCUUUUGUAGUUCCUGAAACUCCAUUAUAUUCUAGUGAAACCAUAUGUAAUAAUUGUUAUAUUUUCUGCAGUGAGGUUCUGAUAUUUACCUAGGUGAAUGAAAGAUAGAGAAACAGUUUUUUUGUCUUUAUUUUCAUGCCUUUGGUUUUAUAGUGAUGUUGGAUUAAUUGCCUGCCUUUAUAUGACCAUGCUUGAAUUACUUACUGAGUUUUAAUGACCACACAUAAGUUAAAGUAUCUUUCCAACCAGGCAAUUCUUUCUAUUAACAAAGGUUGAAAUAUUAAUAGUUGGGUUAGAUGUAUUUGUGCUAUUUAAGCUAUACUGUAGCUGUUUAAUAUGUGAAAUCUAAAUGGCAUCUUUGACUAUGAUAGGUGAAAUGUGCUUUAUGUAUUCUGAAGUUUUUAUAUAAAACUAGUCUGAGAUUAUUGUAGUGAACUUUUUUAUCUUUUGUUUAUAUUUGUAUCUUUAUGUUUAUUUUUAUUUUUUUGAGACAGAGCUUCACUUUGUUGCCCUGGCAUCGUAGCUCUCAGAACCUUAGACUCCAGGGCUCAAGUGAUUUUCUUGCCUCAGCCUCCACAGUAGCUGUGACUACAGGCACCUGCCACAAGGCCCUGCUAUUUUUAGAGGCGGGGUCUUGCUCUGGCUCAGGCUGGUCUCGAACCUGUGAGUUCUGUGGGAUUAUAAGCAUGAACCACUGCACCUGGCCUAUCUUUAUUUUAAAGAGAUGAUAUAGAAAAAUACUGGGUUUUUGUUAAAGAUGUUUAUCUGUUUUAAAAGCUAAUUUCUUUUAACAUUAUUUUCUUCAGAUAAGAUUUUUUUUUUUUUUUUUUUUUGGAGAAACAAAGUUUCAUGUGAAUGCUCCUAUGUUGGAAGGCUUUUUUGAUUUAAAACCUUUUGGGGAUUAUAAUAUACCAUUUGUUAAGUUUGGAAGAACUCAUUUUCUCAGAUCAGAUUAAAGCUUCUAAAAAUAAAUGUUUUCAGUAGCAAGAAUGGCGUUGCUUAAAAAUUGAAGG